CAAGCUCCUCUUGUUUCUCUCACCAUCAAGUUCUCAUGGAUCCAAAAUUUUGCUUCAAUAGGCGACUCGUACUCUGCUGGUCUCGGUUCGGGACAUCGCCUUGACUGGCUCUGCUCACGCUACACACACUCUUACCCCAACAUACUGCACACGUCUCUCUUAGGUACGAAUCCAAACCGCACUCAUAGAUUCCUCGCUUGUUCCGGCGCCACCAGCACCGAAAUCCUCGCUACACAGGUGCCAGCAUUGCCCUCAAACCUCGAUCUGCUCACCAUAUCAGCGGGUGGCAACGAUGUUGGGCUUACUGGUAUCCUAAGCGCAUGCAUCUACCAAUUCUACAUGGCUGCCGAGGACGCUUGUGCAGAGGCUAUUGGCCAAGCACGCGCUCGCAUCGCCAACGAGACAGAAUUAUACCACAACACAAGCCUCUUGAUCGACGCAGCAAAGCAAAAGAUGAAUCCGCACCAUGGCAGCAUAUAUUACACGGGAUAUGCAACUUUCUUCGGUGCAGACGAUGAAGCAUGUGACAACGUGACGUGGGCCAUAUGGAAAGACGUCGAGUGGGAGAAGCAAUAUCUCACUCGAGACCUACGCAGCAAACUCAACGACAUGGUUCGCAGCGUCAACAGCAUUCUAGCCCGAGCAGUCAAAGAAGCUGGACCGGGCGUCCGUUUCAUCGACUACGACGCAGAGAUUCGCCAGUUACGGGGCCGGUACUGCGAAAGUGGUGUUGUUGAACCCGCGCCGAACCGAGCUGGACUGGCGUUCUACGAGUGGGCGACUGUGGAUCAGGGCGAAAAUAGCACGGCGUUGUUGAAUCAGACGGGGGAUGCAGUGCCGAGAUUUUCGUUCCAGGGUGGGAUUGCGAGGGAGGUGGAGAAGACGUUGGAGAGGCAUCCGGAUUGGGAGAUUGAGCAUGGGAAGGGGUUUGUGGAUAAGGAUAAGGAUAAGGAAAAGGAGGGUGGUGAUGAUGGUGUUGGUGGAGAGGGAUGGCUCGGCGAUGAGGUUCACUGGUUGCUGCCGGAUAGCUACAAGAGGGUUUUUCAUCUUAGACUAAUGGGACAUGAGGUUAUUGCACGGAUGGUGGUGGAGGAUCUGGAGAAGAGAAGUAUAGGG